CGAAUAGAAAAUCCACACACCUUUUCACACUUCCACUUACCUUUCCUUGUUCUCAAUUCAUUGUAUUUCACUCCAAAUAGAAACCAUUAACACUGGUUUUGCUUUCUUCAAUCAUAAGAGUAUCAAUUUCUCUUCCUGCACCACCAUCAUCAUCAUGAAUGAAAUCUCCUUAGCAUGUUAUAGUUGCACCACUUCCUCACAUAUAUAACAAAAAACACAAAACCAUAACAUAUCAUAUCACAUCAUCUUCUGAACAUGUCUUCUCCUUCCUGGCUAACCUCCCCUUCAUGUUCUUCCUCUCUAGCCAUAGAUUCAUUUUCCCCUCCAGCACAGCUCACAAUUCAAUGGCUGAGAUUCAUCUUCCUAUCUCCAUGUCCUCAGAGAAUCCUUCUUUCUUCUCUUGACCUCUUGUUCUUGCUCUCCCUCCUAGCCUUUGCAGCUUGCAAGCUCUAUUGUCGGUUCACUUCCAAUACCAACAACUCCACCUCCUCCAUCACCAAACCCCUUCUGCAGGAACAGGACUCUGACUACAGAAUAACCUUGUGGUUCAAACUUCCCUUGUUGGUAACCGCACUUUUGGCUAUAGCUUACACUGCUCUUGGUGUUUUAGCUUUCACUCUAAGCAACUUUGCUUCAUGGAAGCAGAUAGAGGCACUGUUUCGGUUAUCUCAAGCAGUAGCCAACAUAGUGAUAGUGAUUCUGUUAGUACAUGAAAAGAAGUUCAAAGCUCUCAAACACCCUUUAUCACUAAGAAUCUAUUGGAUUGCAAACUUGGUGGUUGCUUGCUUGUUUGCUGCUUCAGCCAUUUUUCGAUUGGUAACGGUGGAUGAAGCGUGGUUGGAGGGGACUAAUUUGAGAAUUGAUGACAUAUUCUCUUUGGUUAAUCUUCCAAUUUCUGUGUUCUUUUUUGUAAUAGCUAUUAAAGGUUCAUCAGGGAUUCAUGUAGUUAGAAUAUCUGAUGUAGUAGGAACAUUAACAUCUCAGAGGCUUCCCACAGACAGGAAUUUGAGUCCUUAUGCUAAUUCUUCCCUUUUGUCCAAAACAUUUUGGCUUUGGAUGAAUCCUUUGAUCAAUAAAGGGUAUAAAACACCUCUUAAGCUUGAAGAUGUUCCUUCUCUUCCUACUGAUUUCAGAGCAGAAAGAAUGUCAGAACUUUUCCAAAGCAAUUGGCCAAAGCCAGAGGAAAACAGCAAGCACCCUGUUGGAUUCACCUUAUUAAGGUGCUUCUGGAAACAUAUAGCUUUCACUGGCUUCCUUGCUGUCAUAAGACUUUCUGUCAUGUACAUUGGUCCAAUGCUUAUCCAAAGUUUUGUUGACUACACCUCAAGAAAAAACAGCACUCCCAAUGAAGGUCUUGUUCUGAUAUUGAUCCUGUUUCUAGCAAAAUCAGUUGAAGUCCUCAGUGUCCACCAAUUCAACUUCCAUUCUCAGAAACUCGGCAUGUUGAUUCGUUCCAGCAUCAUCACCUCUGUGUACAAGAAGGGUUUGAGGCUGUCAAGUUCUUCGAGGCAAGCGCAUGGGACCGGCCAGAUUGUGAACCACAUGGCUGUUGAUGCUCAGCAGCUAUCAGACUUGAUGUUGCAGUUUCAUCCUAUAUGGUUGAUGCCACUGCAAGUUGCUGCAGCAUUGGCACUAAUUUAUAACUAUGUUGGCUUGUCUGCACUUGCAGCAUUGUUUGGAACUUGCAUAGUGUUCUGCUUCACACUCCUCCGCACCAAGAGGAGCAACAGCUUCCAGUUCCGAAUCAUGACGAGUCGUGACUCGAGGAUGAAAGCAACUAAUGAAUUGCUUAACAACAUGAGAGUCAUUAAGUUUCAAGCGUGGGAGGAGUAUUUCGGUAACAAGAUUCGAGAGUUUCGCGAAGCUGAGCAUAGUUGGAUUGGCAAGUUCUUGUACUAUUUCGCUGUGAACAUGGGGGUUCUGUCCACUGCUCCUCUCAUGGUGACUGUUCUCACCUUUGGAACAGCAACUUUAAUUGGUAUUCCUCUUGAUGCUUCCACUGUGUUUACUAUAACUUCAGUAAUCAAGAUUUUGCAAGAGCCGGUGAGGACAUUCCCCCAGGCUCUUAUAUUGAUUUCUCAAGCACUAAUCUCUCUGGGGAGGUUGGAUGAGUACAUGAUGAGUAAGGAAACGGAUGAGAGUUCAGUGCAGAGAGAGGAUAACCGUGAUGGUGACGUAGCUGUGGAGAUAAAAGAUGGGAAAUUCUCAUGGGAUGAUGGGGAUGGGAAUGAGGCUUUGAAAGUUGAAGAGCUGGAAAUUAAGAAAGGGGACCAUGCUGCAAUUGUAGGAACUGUUGGGGCAGGCAAGUCUUCAUUGUUAGCUUCUGUGUUGGGCGAAAUGUUCAAGAUCUCAGGAAAGGUCAGAGUAAGCGGGACAAUAGCCUAUGUAGCACAGACAUCAUGGAUUCAGAAUGCAACCAUCCAAGAAAACAUAUUGUUUGGUUUACCAAUGAACAGGGAUAAGUACCAGGAAGUUAUAAGAGUGUGCUGCCUGGAAAAGGAUCUGGAGAUGAUGGAAUAUGGAGACGAGACUGAGAUCGGAGAACGCGGUAUUAACCUCAGUGGUGGACAGAAACAACGCGUCCAACUUGCUAGAGCUGUAUAUCAGGACUGUGAAAUCUAUCUCCUUGAUGAUGUAUUCAGUGCUGUUGACGCCGAAACAGGUUCAUUUAUUUUUAAGGAAUGUAUCAUGGGAGCUCUCAAAGAUAAGACCAUUUUACUUGUAACCCACCAAGUUGACUUCUUGCAUAAUGUUGACUCUAUACUUGUGAUGCGAGAUGGGAGAGUUGUGCAAAGUGGAAAGUAUGAAGAACUUCUCAAAGCUGGCCUGGAUUUUGGUGCACUUGUAGCUGCUCAUGAAUCCUCUAUGGAGAUUGCAGAAACGAGUGAAAAAGCCGGUGAUGAUUCUGGCCAGUCUCCGAAAUUGGCUCGUGUCGCUUCAAAAGAAAAGGAAAGCACAGCUGAAAAGCAGCCUCAAGAACAAUCAAAAUCUGAGAAGACCAAAGCAAAGCUCAUUGAAGAUGAGGAGAAAGAAACCGGCCACGUGGACCUUAAAGUAUACAAGCACUAUUUCACUGAAGCAUUUGGAUGGUGGGGAAUAGUACUCAUGCUUGGAAUGUCUCUAGCAUGGAUUUUAUCAUUUUUGGCUGGUGACUACUGGCUAGCCGUUGCAACUUCAGAAGAUUCUCGAAUUCCUUCUUUUACCUUCAUCGUUGUUUAUGCUAUCAUAGCAGCUCUUUCAUGUGGGGUGGUGAUGGUUAGGUCAAUCUUAUUCACAUAUUGGGGUCUAAAGACAUCUCAAAGCUUCUUCAGUGGAAUGCUUCGGAGCAUUCUACAUGCACCAAUGUCAUUCUUUGACACUACUCCUUCUGGCAGAAUCUUGAGUCGUGUAUCUACUGAUCUACUUUGGGUUGAUAUAUCAAUUCCAAUGUUAAUAAGCUUCGUGAUGGUUGCAUACUUCUCAUUAAUCAGCAUCCUCAUUGUCACAUGCCAAAAUGCUUGGGAGACUGUCUUCCUUUUAAUUCCACUGUUUUGGCUGAAUAACUGGUACCGGAAAUAUUACCUUGCAUCUUCUCGGGAGUUGACUCGCCUCGAUUCUAUCACGAAAGCUCCUGUGAUUCAUCACUUUUCAGAGACCAUUUCUGGUGUUAUGACAAUCCGUGGCUUCAGAAAGCAAGGUGAAUUUUGCCAGGAAAACAUUGACAGGGUCAAUGCAAGUCUGAGGAUGGAUUUCCACAACAAUGGAGCGAACGAAUGGCUUGGUUAUCGCCUGGACUUUACUGGAGUGGUUUUCCUUUGCAUUUCCACCAUGUUUAUGAUCUUCUUGCCAAGUUCUAUUGUUAGGCCAGAAUAUGUUGGUUUGUCUCUAUCCUAUGGCCUAGCUCUCAGUAGUGUCUUGUCAUUUACCAUUAGCAUGACUUGCAAUGUUGAGAACAAAAUGGUUUCAGUUGAGAGAAUAAAGCAGUUUACCAACCUUCCAUCAGAAGCUCCAUGGAAAAUCCCUGAUUUGUCUCCUCCUCAGAAUUGGCCCAAUCAUGGCAGCAUAGAGUUAAACAGUUUGCAGGUUCGGUAUCGUCCGAAUACUCCUCUGGUUCUGAAAGGAAUCUCUCUCACCGUUCAAGGAGGGGAAAAGAUUGGUGUUGUUGGGCGCACAGGGAGUGGGAAAUCAACCCUCAUCCAAGUGUUAUUUAGGUUGAUUGAGCCUUCAGCUGGGAAAAUAAUUAUUGAUGGGAUCAACAUUUGCACUUUGGGCCUUCAUGAUGUGAGGUCUCGUCUUGGAAUUAUUCCACAAGACCCUGUCCUCUUUCGAGGAACGGUGAGAAGUAACAUUGACCCACUUGGAUUGUAUACAGAAGAAGAAAUUUGGAAGAGCCUUGAGCGUUGCCAACUGAAAGAUGUGGUGGCUGCAAAGCCUGAGAAACUUGAAGCUUCAGUGGUUGAUGGGGGGGACAAUUGGAGUGUGGGGCAAAGGCAGCUUCUGUGCUUGGGAAGGAUCAUGCUAAAACGCAGCAAAAUACUAUUCAUGGAUGAGGCAACAGCAUCCGUUGAUUCACAAACUGAUGCUGUAGUACAGAAGAUUAUCAGGGAGGACUUUGCAGACCGCACAAUUGUUAGUAUUGCUCACAGAAUACCAACAGUCAUGGACUGUGACAGGGUUUUGGUCAUAGAUGCAGGAUUUGCAAAGGAAUUUGACAAGCCAUCACGUUUGCUGGAAAGGCCUGCACUUUUUGGGGCAUUGGUUAAGGAGUACUCUAAUAGAUCAGCUUAACUAUAGUUUUCUUUUUGCUACAUAUGAUGGUAGAUCUAUUUUUUUUCAAGAUCAGGUGUGUUUGGAUAUGGUGCAACGUGAACGGAUUUCUUCCCAAUCUAUAAAAAGAAGUUUGUUUAUUUUUUAUUCA